ACCUCGCAACCCCCACCCUCUUAUUGCGCCUCACUUGGCCUGCGCGGCUGCUGUACCAAACCAACCCAAGCCACCCAAUAAACCAACCAACGACGUAGCUGUUGAGCAGUACGUUGAGCUAGCUCUAGCUAUAGGUACAGUACAGUCACGGAGUCUCGGCUCGGCCAUGGGCAACUGCGUCCAGAUCAGCAGCGGCGGCGUCGGCGUCGGCGGCAGUAGAAGCUGCGCGGCCGCCGUAGAAGCAGGGUGCCAGCAGCCGCAACGGAGGAGAAGCACUGCCGGCGGUGAUGAGGAGGAGGCAAUAAUUGAUCAAGCGAUGACACCGUCGUCAAUCUUGAAGGUGAAGAUGGUGCUGACCAAGGGCGAGCUGGGGUGGCUCGUGGCGCAGCUCAAGGCCGGCGACCGCCGCCUCGCGGACGUGCUCCGGGAGAUGGCGCGCAAGCGUGAGGGCCGGGCGGCUGCCGACGGGUGGCGGCCCAGCCUUGAGAGCAUCGUCGAGUGCCCUGCCGAGACGGCGCCGGCGCCGGACGCCACCUCCGAUAAUAGUGAUUAGCUAGCUAUAGGAGUACUUGUAGAGGAUCUGGAACUCGUAGAUGUGUUGCCCGUUGGGCGUUUCGAUUUUUUUUUUCCUCCCUCUCUCCCUCUCUUGUUGCUUAAAAUUAUUUCUACUUUUAACUUGCUGAUCCGGUCCCAGUUAAAUGAAGGUCGUUUCUUCUGCCA